UAUUUUUGUAAAAAACAAACACAAACUCAUCACUCUCUCUACCUACUACAGUGUCUUCUUCAAGAACAACAAGACUUGAAGAAACAAAAAUGGCGAACACCACCACAAUCUCCUUCACUCUCACAACACCAAAAUCAACAACCACAUUUCUCUCUUCUCUUCCCACUAAAUCCAAUCUCAAUUUCAAACUCAACCCAUUCACUUCCUCAACACAUUUCAAAUCCAUUCCCAAUUCUUCCAUCCCCAUUCUCAAAUCCUUCCCCGACGACACCGUCAUCACCACCACCACUCCCUCAUACCGCAACCUCAAAUCCCGUCUCCGUUCCGGCGAAACCCUCUACGGCAUCUUCCUCCUCACCUUCUCUCCAACAUUAUCCGAAAUCGCCGGUCUCGCCGGCUAUGAUUUCGUCGUCGUCGACAUGGAACACGGCCACGGAAGCAUCUCUGAUGCUCUUCCAUGUCUACACGCACUCGCCGCUUCACAAACCGCCGCAAUAGUUCGUGUUCCAGAAACCACUGCUGCAUGGGCUAAAAAGGCCCUAGAUUUAGGUCCACAAGGGAUCAUGUUUCCGAUGAUAGAAUCUGGGAAAUCCGCAGCAAAAGCUGUUUCUUACUGCCGUUUUCCACCCGCCGGGCUUCGUGGCUCGGCCCAUCCGAUUGUUCGGGCUUCGAGCUAUGGUAUUGAUGAAGGUUACUUGAAUAAUUACCUUGAUGAGCUUUUGGUUAUGGUUCAGGUUGAAUCUGAAGAAGGAGUGAAGAAUGUUGAAAAAAUUGCAGCUGUUGAUGGUGUUGACUGUGUGCAAAUGGGACCGUUGGAUUUGAGUGCUAGUAUGGGGUAUUUGUGGGAUCCAGGGAAUAAGAAAGUGAAAGAGACUUUGAGGGAAGCGGAGAGGAAGGUUUUGAAGAGGAAGAGUGAAAAAGAUGAUGUUUUUUUGUCUGGUUUUGCUUUGCCGUUUGAUGGGCCGAAGGAUCUUCGGUCGCGUGGUUAUCAUAUGGUGUCGGGUGCUUCUGAUGUUGGUUUGUUUAGGAAUUCGGUUGUUGAGGAUGUUUUGCGGUUUAAGGAGAGUUUGGUUGAGGAUGGUUCGGAUAGUGAUAGGGAAGAAUUGGGUAAAGAUGCUGAUGAGAAGUAUUGGAGUGAAUGAAUGAGAGAUUCUAUUUUGUUCGGUGCCUUGUUUUAUGUAAAAUUAUGUGAUGCAUUGUUGUUAGUUAUGAUAUGCUUUUGAUCUUCAAUGAAAAUAAAUAACUCUUUGUGA